AUGAUUGCUUCGAUGGAGGUGCUGGUGGAGAACAGAAGGGCCUGUUCCAUCUCUGACCAUAACCCAUACUUCUUUUCCCGCCCGGGCGCAGACACCCACAUCAGGGGAUCAGACUCCCUACGCCAGGUAGCCAAAGAAUGUGGUGCGGUGCAUCCAGAGAUGCUAUCCUCAACCAAACUUAGAAAGCACAUAGCUACUAUGUCUACAGUUCUCAAUAUGAAAGAGAAUGAGAUGGACAUACUUGCCAACUUCCUCGGCCAUGACAUUCGCAUCCACAGACAAUAUUACAGACUACCAGAGGGGACACUGGAGCUGGCCAAAAUCAGCAAAGUGUUGAUGGCCAUGGAGCAGGGAAGAGUGACGGAAUUCGAAGGAAAGAGCCUCGACCAGAUACAAAUUGAGCCUGAAGGUAAUUCUUGA